CAAUUAUUAUGAAGAUGUAACUAAUCAUCAAGCACCACAAGCGUCAGAUGGAAUCCCAGUUUCAUCUGCUGUUCAGGAGGAGCCACCUGAGAAAGAAACGGAUAAUGAAUAUAAUCAACCAAUCUUUCCAACGAACGUAAAAAUUUAUCGAACUAUAAAUACAUUUAAAAUUUUAGCUUUACUUCUUUAUAUAGCUCUCUGGAUAUAUCAAAUAAUCUAUAAUGCGAUUAAUUUUUCACUCAAUUCAUCAUCUGUAUCAGCUAAUAAUGGAACUAAUGGAACUUUGCCUUAUCCUAUUAAUUAUAAUCCAUCUGCUUCAUAUGAAAAUAAGAUUUAUGCUAUUGCUGAUGGAUUAAUUUGGGUCAUUGCAUUUUGCUGUUUUGUAGAAUUUAUUAUAAAUGAGAUUGAAUUUAUAAAAACUACUGACGAUUUCAAUCAUGAUGAUGAUUCACAAGCUUAG